AUGGCCGAGGAGUCCAGCAAAGCCGUUAAGUACUACACGCUGGAAGAAAUCCAGAAGCACAACCACAGCAAGAGCACCUGGCUGAUCAUACACUACAAAGUGUACGAUUUGACCAAAUUUUUGGAGGAGCAUCCUGGUGGGGAGGAAGUCUUAAGAGAACAAGCUGGAGGUGAUGCUACUGAAAACUUUGAGGAUGUUGGACACUCUACAGAUGCGCGAGAAUUGUCCAAAACGUUUAUCAUUGGAGAGCUGCACCCAGAAGACAGAGAGAAGAUAACCAAGCCUGCGGAAAGUAUUAUUACUACCGUUGAUUCUAAUCCCAGCUGGUGGACCAACUGGCUGAUCCCAGCUAUCUCGGCACUGGUUGUAGCCCUGAUGUAUCACCUCUAUACUUCAGAAAACUAA